CGGGAGGCGGAGGGCGGCAGCGGCGUGGCUGGACGGCAGCGGGCGGAGCAGAGACGCCUCUCAAGGUUCCUUCUCAAGGCUGAGAGAUCCUUUGGCCAGCAUCUGAUAUCUACUGCGAGGUAAGUGGCAUUUUACAUUUGGCCUAAAACUAUACCGUAUGGUAGCAACAUUUUUAUAUAUAUAUACACCUAUAGCUUAAUUAUUACAAGGAUACUAAGUAGUAGGGUGUUUCACCACUGUCUAAAUUGUUGUUUAAAUCCUCAUUUAAAUUACUGUUUAAUUACUGUUCAGUGAUUGUUUAAUCACCAUUUGAUUAUCAUUUAAUUUUCAUUCAGUGAUUGAUUAUGAUUUGAUCAUCCUUUAAUCACUAAUAAAACCUUUUCAGUUCACCCCAUGAUGAUGACUUCUCUUAAUGAUUUGCUUACAACAGGAGACUGGCUGUGCUGGCUGCAUCUGGGGCUACAGCCCCUUCGGGGCUUCAGUGGAGUGAUGUCCUCUACAGAGGAUCUGCCUACCCUGCUGGAUGACGAUCUGCUUGACUUAAUUAUGAAGGAUAGUGGUUCCUUCCCUGAGAAUAAUCCGUUGGAAGGCUUAGAUCUGCUAGACCCUGAGCUGGACAUGGAGACUGAUGACAUGAUCACCUCCAUGCUGCAGCACUUAAAAGAUGACCCACAUUCGCUGCAGGAUUAUUUGCCAAUUGUCAGUGAGAGCGUUUGUGAGGAUCUGCUUCUGUCCCAUGACCCUAGCAGUAAUUCUGACAUCAGGCACAUUGUGCAGAUAGAUCACAACUAUUCCUGCAAUCAGGAUAGUUCUGUGCUGGAAAGCAUGAAGUCUGAUAUGGCAGAAGGAGGUGUUUCAACUGACUUUGCAAUGGAUUUGGAAGGCACAAGCAAUACACUGGGAGAGAACUCCAGUUUUCCCACUGCUGCUGCUGCGGAUGCUGAACACCAGCUUGUGCCUGGAACCACUGUGGAGUUUGAGAUCCCUGGGCUAUUCCUGACACAGGAGGAGAAGCAGUUCCUGGAGGAGGAAGGUCUUUCAUUACCACCCUGUCUGACAGUGGACCAAACUGAAUACCAGCUUAUGAAUGGUGUGCAUCAGACCCAGAACAAGAAGCCAGCCCGGGCUAGUGGUCAAAGGAAGAAGAGCAACAUGAGUGGCCGGGAAGACAGGUUGGCAGCCUGCAAAACUCAAAACCGUGAGCUGGAGAAGAAGGUGCAGCUGCUGCAGGAGCAGAACAGGUUACUUCUGAGCCACUUGCAGAAACUGCAGGCUUUGGUGAGACAAUCUGCCAACAGGACUACCACGAUUAGAACAAUGGUCAUAAUGCUGUCCCUCUACCUGUUUCUGUCCCACAACGUCUCCAUGUUGAAGGGCAAUGAGCCGCAGACGAAGUGGUGGGCGCUGUCACAGCAGAACCACGCAUUCCUAAACCGGGUGGUGGCUGUUGAGCAGGAGGGUGCUGCGAUGGAGGGGUCAACCCCAGCAACUGAGGACCCCUUGCUGUCGGGCAUUCUCAGUCAAUUACAGGAAGUGUUCCAGGGUCAACCCAACACUGAUCCCACAUCUUCCAAUAGUGCCUCGUGCCCGGCCCCUUCUGCAGCGUCUGGGUCUGGGCUGGGCUCUCACCAGCCUCAGGAGCAGGGCUGCAGGAGCUAUGUUCUGCAUGUGCCGGUGGCAUGGGCAGCCAAGAAGCAGGAGGAGGUGGAACAUGCUCCCCCAAUUGUCAUCCAGCAGCAGCAUGCUGAUGAGAUGAGCGCCUCCUCCUCCUCCUUCUUGGGGUGAAGCUGAGCGCCCUGCCAGGCAGGGACAAACAGAGCUGCAUUAACAUAAUCUAUCAAAGCAGAUUCUUCUGAAUACUAUCACAAUUGCUGGCAGCUCAGAGGGUUUACCAGGGAGGAAUUGUUUUAGAGUUGACCUGUUCUGACACUGUUCUCUAUAUCUUUAGAAGGAAUCUAUCUGAGAAAGCGUAGGAAACUGGGAACUUUGCUAUGGCUGCUGACAUGGCUAGCCCGGGAUGUGUCCCGUGGCUUGCAGGGAGGCACUGUAGCAUGGAGGGUGAAGGUGGUUGGCCCCUACUUGUUCUGAUGGUGUAGUUGGUGAUGAAGGCCACUGUCCUGCUCUUUCCCUGCACAGGUGGAGGUGAACAAGCUAAAUCGUGCACUUGUUACUGUGUCUGGUGUCUAAGCAUCUGUCCCUUGUCCCUUCCCCUUAUUCCUGUGGUGUUGCCUGACCUAUAGGUGUAAGAUAGUGAGCUGACCUUCAGUGCUCUUACAGGGAGUGGUCUAGCCCUUGUGACAGCUUGCGUGUCACCUGUUCCUGCUACCUUUUGAGCCAUGACCAUAGCCUGGCCAGAGAAGGUAAUGUGGAGUCCUUCCUGAGCCAUGUGUGCUGUUUCCCUUCCGUAGGGUCUCAGCCAUUCAUCUCCCCAGCCUUGGGAGCGGGGCUACUGGGCCUCAGGGAGAAGGCAUGCCUGUAGCCGGUGUGCAGAGGAGGAAUGGAGCAGAGAGCAGCAGAGCUGCUUGAUCUUCCGGAGGCUAUCCUGGCCACAGGACUGUUUCAGAGUGUCCUUGUGUGCCCGAGCCUUGCUGUGGUGGCUGGUGAGGCAGUCAGCUGCCUCUGGUUGCUGAGCAGAAACAUUUUGAGCUGGUGAAGAGUGCAUUUCCUGGAGUGCAGCUUAGUAGUAGUACCUGUUAAGCAUCUCUCCUUACCCUGAUUUAAGACAUUUCAUAGAACCCUAUAGGAUAGUUUUAAGUUAGAAAGGACCUUUAAAGGUCAUACAGUCCAAGACCCCUGUAAUGAGAAGUAGUAUCUUCUACUAGAUGGAUAGGUUUAAGUUAGAAGGGACCUUUAAAGGUCACAUAGUCCAAGACCCCUGUAAUGAGGAGUAUAUUCUACUAGAUGGAUAAGUUUAAGUUAGAAGGGACCUUUAAAGGUCAUAUAGUCCAAGACCCCUGUAAUGAGAAGGAGUAUCUUCUAAUAGAUAAGUAUAAUAGUUAUUAAUUUCCUUAGUGAUAACAUUUAAAUAAAUAGUAAUGGCAUCUGA